GUCCAGGUUGCGGCUUAAGACAACUUAGACAUCCUUAAUUCUGUCGAAUUUUGUCGGGCAGGAUUAAAGACUUCAGUAUAACAACACGUUCAAAAUGUAUGCGGUUGCAAAGCCAAGCGAAUAUCUCGUGCUCACUGGAGCUGGGAUAGACGACAUUCGCAUUUGCAAGAAAGCUAUAGUACUUCCCUUCCAGCGAUGCGCGAGGAUCUCUGUGACGCCCUUUGAUUUGGCGCUCAAUCUUCAGGCCAUGACUAUGGAAAAGCUCCAAUUUUCAUUGCCGGCAGUUUUCACUAUCGGUGCCGACAAUGAACUGGAGGCACUCAAGGAUUACGCUCGGCUUCUUGCGGAGAACGCUGAUGACAAAACUAAUGUUCAGAAAAUCGUGAAAGGCAUUAUCGAAGGUGAAACUCGAGUCAUCGUUUCCAGCAUGUCCAUGGAGGAGGUGUUCAAGGAACGGCAGGUUUUCAAAAACAAAGUGAUUGAGAACGUACAGAAGGAACUUCAGCAAUUUGGCCUGCGAAUUUACAACGCCAAUGUCAAAGAGCUCCAGGACACUCCUGGUAGCGAAUACUUCAGCAUCCUAAGCCAAAAAGCGCACGAAGGAGCUCUUAAUCAAGCAAAGAUCGAUGUUGCUGAGGCACGGAUGAAAGGUGAGAUUGGAGAGGCAGAGAAGAAGGGUAAAAUGAAGCAGGAGAUCUCUAAAAUCGAUGCCGAUACUGCGGUAUUGGAGACGAAACGGAAGGCCGAAAAAGCCAAGGCAGAUUCCGAGCUCAUGAACCGUCAGACUGAGCUUGAUGCUAGUGUUCAAAUCAGCAAGAUUACAACCAAGCGCCAGACAGAGAUGAAAGAUGCAGAGCUACAAAAGCAAGUGGAGUCCAAGCGUGCCGAAACCGAACUGGAACGCCUUAGGGCCAGUGAGGUCACUAAAAGCAAGGUUAAGCGCGAGUCUGCACAGGAGAAUGCAGAUGCCGCUUACUACACAGAACAGAAAGCAGCUGAUGCGCGGUUGUAUAAACAAAAGAUGGAGGCAGACGCAGCCUAUUAUCGUCAAAGCAAAGAAGCCGAUGCUACCCUCUAUCAGCAAAAGCGCGAGGCUGAAGGAAUUCUCGAGAUGUCUAAGGCAUACGGUGCCCUUAUUGACGUCCUCGGAGGACCCCAAGCCUUCUUACAGUUCAGAAUGAUGGAGAGCGGUACAUAUGAGAAAUUAGCCAAGGCCAACGGCGAUGCUAUCAGAGGACUAUCACCCAAGAUCUCAGCGUGGAACACCGGAGAGGGCUCUGGAGAUGCAAUGGCCCCCGUCCGAAAUAUCAUGCAAGGCCUUCCGCCUCUUCUCACCACCAUCCACGAGCAGACUGGCAUCAGCCCGCCAUCCUGGUUGGGCCAGGUGCCUGCGAAUGGUGAAGUCAGUAAACGAAAGUAGAAGGCUUUGCCACGAACCUGGGGAUUUAAAGCUUCACACCUGACUCCUUAAGCAUAUGACCAAGGGGAGAUAUGCCAUUAUUCCACAAGUGACUCAGCCAUUUCCAUAUCUUGAUGUUUUUGCAGUCCUUGCUCUUUGUUUUUCUUGGUCUUGUCUUUUUCUUUUGACGUUCUUUCCCUUAUUUUGUUCAGUUUUGUUUUCGUAAUACCCACUGUCUUUCUUAUGUCGAUAUCGAAUGCUGUUAUGGUUACAAAGUACUGUAUGUUAGUUAGUACAAGAAAUCAGACACUAUUUCAAUGUUG